AUGCGUUUGAAAAAAUGGUUCCAUUUUUUUUCUGAUAAAGAAAAAGCGACCCUAACAACAGACUUAAUUACACUAAUAUUAUCUCGUAAACGAUCAAUGUGUAAUGUAUUGGAACAUGAUCGUGAAGAAAAUGAAUUAUAUGUCUUAGAAGUGAUACAUCGUUAUGUACAAUUACUUGAUGAAUUUUUUGGAAAUGUGUGCGAAUUAGAUAUUAUUUAUAAUUUUGAUAAGGCGUACCAUGUGUUAGAUGAAUUGGUUUUAGCUGGUGAAUUGCAAGAACCUGGUAAAAAAGUGGUUAUCAGUCAUGUAAACGCAUUCGAACAUGCAUGUCAAUUGGAUAUAAUAACAAGAAAUGUUGAAAAUUCU